GACAUGUUCUUUAAGUAUACAUGGAAUAACUUCUUGCAUACUCAAGUAGAAAUCUGUAUUGCAUUGAUUCUUGCAAGUCCUCUUGAAAGCACAGAAAAUGGCACAAUUACAGAUCAAGAUUCCACUGGGGACAAUCUCUUACUGAAACAUCUCUUCCUUAAGUGCCAAUUAAUAGAACGAAUACUUGAAGCCUGGGAGAUGAAUGAGAAGAAACAGGCUGAAGGAGGACGACGGCAUGGCUACAUGGGUCACCUCACGAGGAUAGCAAACUGCAUUGUGCAUAGUACAGAUAAGGGGCCAAACAGUACUCUAGUUCAACAGCUCAUUAAAGAGCUUCCAGAGGAGGUCAGAGAACGAUGGGAGACAUUCUGCACAAACUCUUUAGGAGAAACGAACAAGAGGAAUACGGUGGACCUGGUCACUACCUGCCACAUUCAUUCUUCCAGUGAUGAUGAAAUUGACUUUAAAGAAACCGGCUUCUCACAGGAUUCUUCUUUGCAGCAGAUGCAACAAAUGACGUCCAAUUUUAUUGACCAGUUUGGCUUCAACGAUGAGAAGUUUGCUGAUCAAGAUGACAUCGGCAAUGUUUCUUUUGAUCGAGUCUCAGACAUCAACUUUACUCUCAAUACGAACGAAAGUGGCAAUAUAGCCUUGUUUGAGGCGUGCUGUAAGGAACGGAUACAGCAGUUUGAUGAUGGUGGCUCUGAUGAAGAAGACAUUUGGGAAGAAAAGCACAUUGCCUUUACACCGGAGUCUCAGAGGCGUUCCAGUUCGGGCAGUACGGACAGUGAAGAAAGUACGGAUUCGGAAGAAGAGGACGGAACGAAACAAGAUUUGUUUGAAUCGCACGCAAAUACAGAGGACAAAAUGGAAGUAGACUUAAGUGAACCACCAAACUGGUCGGCAAACUUUGAUGUACCCAUGGAGACCGCACACGGUGCUACCCUGGAUUCUGUCGGGUCUGAUGUGUGGAGUACAGAAGAGCCGAUGCCGGCAAAAGAAACUGGCUGGGCUUCGUUUUCCGAGUUCACGUCCUCUUUGAG